AUGAGCACGCCGAAGGAAUGGAAGCGACUCUCAUUCCAAGAAGCCUUGGAGCUAGCCAGACUUCCGGAUGAUACAUCGUCAACACAACAAGCAAUCCAAAGAUUCAUGAGUCGGCAGCCAGCUUGGACACCCGGACAAGAACUCCCCUGGGAUGCUGUUGGGAUUCCUCCGCCAAAGAUCACAAGGGGAGCUUAUGGCGCUGUCGUAUAUGCUCUAUCAGCUCUUGCAGCGACUCGUGUAGUCGAAGAAGAAGACCAUGGCAAUGUAGACCAGAACAGACGAGGGAUCCAUUCCAUCCACGCCGUGUUCACCAACCCCGGACUCUCGGAUCGCCCUUUCAUCCUAGAUGUAUCCGAAGUCCAUUCAAGCCGUUCCUUUUCCACGCGGCUAGUUCACACUCGUCAGCCAACACGACCAUCAAGUAACCUAUCGGGUCCGUUUCCCGACUCGGACUCCGAAGCACCUCUUGGAAGUCCUUGUCUAACCAGUAUCGUCACCUUCAAACGCCCGGUUUCCAGCUCCGAUGAGGUCCAAGGGAUUCCGCCACAGGAGAGAUUCAAAGACAUACUCUCAUCACGCAAACCUGAUCAGUGGAACCCAUGUCCACAGGCCGACGUCGAUGCUCUAAAAGCAAAGUUCCCAAAUGAAGGCCACGGAGCAUUCCCUAUUCUCGACAUGUACAAAGUUGACAUGUCGGACUUUAACAAAGACAGGGCUAUACCGGACCGGAGAGAACUGAUCUACUACCGAUUACUAAAACCUCUUCCGAAGCAAGACACGAACGCACACGUCUUGUGUCAUGCAUUCGAGGCAGACCGCAACAGUCUUUUCAUGCUAGGCAACCAUCUAGGCUACGGCCACGACCUGGGCAUCGCGGCAAGCCUGAGCUAUUCGUUCUACGUUCAUGUCAACGCCGAUGAGGCUGUGAUGGAAGGAGACGGAUGGUGGAUGCAAGAAGCCUCUUGGCCAAGAUUCAGUGCUGGUCGAGGCGCAAUGGAAAGCCUGAUAUGGAGUCCUAAAGGCAAGCAUGUUGCGACUGGCUACCAGGAUGGCAUUAUACUGCCUAUGACGGCCAAACCUAGUAGGGAGACAAAGCUGUAG